AUGGCCCAGCCUGCCCCUCUCCUCCUGCACACGGACCCGUAUGGGACGGUGACCUUUGCCGGGCGGGGCAGCGCCCAGUCGGCGGCGGCCGUGGCCUCGCUCGCCUCGUCCUACCGGUUUGUCACGACCGCGGUGCGCAACAACUUCGCCGGAAGCAGCGAUAUGGACGCCCUGACGGCGGUGGGCAAUGGGAGCGCCGCCUACGCGGUGAUCGACGACCUUCAGGCCUCGGUCAUGCCCUCCGGCACGGUGGCGGUGCCCCUGCUCGGCGCCGCGCUGGUGCUGCCCUACAACCUCAACUCGCUCGGGUCUGCGAGCGUGUCUACCCUCACGCAGCUCGUCAAGCUGGACAUGCAGACGAUCGGGCUUAUAUUCGCCGGCAACAUCACCCACUGGAAUGAUUCCCAGAUCUUGGCGCUCAAUACGAACGCCACGUACAGUUAUUGGGCAGAGCUGGCGGCCUCCAGCUCGGCCAUCACGGUGGUGGUGCGGGCCGAUGCGACGCCGACCACCCGGGCCUUCACCCGCGCGCUGGCCAACUCUUCCACCGCGUUCGCCGACGUGGUGGGCGUAUCCGACCUGCCCGCUUGGCCGGCCAGCUUCGUUCAGGCCACCGGCGCCAGCGGGGUCAUGACCGCCGUCCUCAAUACCCCCGGCGCUAUCGGCUUCAUCGAUCUGCCCUCAUGGACCGCCACGUCCGGUGUGCCCUACGCCUCGAUUCGCAACCAGAACAAGCAGAACGUGCUUCCUACGAUCGCGAACGUCCAGCGCUUGAUGGCUGAUAACGCCAAGAGCUUCAAGGCCAGCGCCAGUAUGGUGGCCAACCUCGUCGAUGGCAACAACGCUGCCACCUGGCCGCUGGGGUGGAUGAACUACCUGGUCACGCCGACGGGCAACUUUUCCUCGUGUGACGUUCCCGCAGCGGUGUUCGAGUGGUACGGUUGGAUUGAGUACAACGCCCAGGCCGUCUCAGCCAUGUCCGCUUCCAACUACGCCACCCUCCACUACAGCGUCCUCAAGCGGGCCACCGACGCCCUCGGGCAGGUCAAGUGCAACAAACUUCGCAGUAUUCCCACCAGUGUGCUGUCUGGCUCCGGGGCCACCCUGCCGCUGAUCACGUACCAGGCCUGGAUCCAGGAGUAUUUCACCAACGUGGACCCGAACGUGGCGCUGAGCUACACUGGAACGGGCUCCAGCACGGGCAUUUCGGACAUCGUCAACUACAACACCGACCUGGGCGCAUCUGACGCCGCUCUCGUGGCUUCCAACUAUGCAGGCGCGGGCAGCGAUCUGCAGAUGCUGCCGGCCGUUGCUGCGGCGGUGGUGAUGGUGUACAACAUUCCAGACAUCGGGCAGGUGCCGAUCAUGUUCACCCGCGAAGUCCUGCCCUUGAUCUACAUGGGCGCCGUCACGAAGUGGAACGACCCGCUCAUCGCCUCGGUCAACCCGAGCCUCACCCUGCCCAACGCCUCCAUCGUGAUCGUGGGCCGGUUCGACGGGUCCGGCACCACGUCCGUGUUCACGCAGGCGCUCUCCCUUUUCAGCCCGGCCUUCAACCAGUCGGUGGGCAACCAACAGCUGGUCAACUGGGGACCGGUCAACAUCUCGGGCAUGGCCGCCGUCGCCAAGGGCUUCAUUCCCAGUGACCGUUACAAGGGUAAUGGCGAAGUGGUGAGCCUCAUCAGCAACACGCCCUACUCGCUCGGUUACGCCGUGAGCGCCGAUGUACUGGAGGCGGGACUCCCAUUCGGCACCAUGAAGAACAAGGCAGGGAAUAACGUGACGGCCAACCCGGUCACGAUCAACGCGGCACUUAACGAGUUUGCAGACGCGUUUACGAGCAAGUUUGCAGCAAGCGUGCAGGACGGAGCGUCAGCCAACGCCUGGCCGAUGGCCACCUACUCCUACCUCCUCAUCCACACCAGGACCAUGACUGAGUGCGGCAAGGCCACGUCCCUGCUUGACUUCAUCAUCUGGUCGCAGACCAACAGCAAACCGAUCGCCAUCGCCGAAGCAUUGGGUUAUACGGUGACUCCCAUCGCCGUCCGGCGCAGGUUCCUUUUGACGCUGUCUGAUGUCACGUGUAACAACCAAACCGUGUUCAGCCUGGUGCCCUGCAUUCAGAACGGUAUCAUUUGCAACGACCGAGGAACGUGCCUCGAUGGCAAGUGCACAUGCCAGGAGGGCUUCUCGGGAGAUCAAUGUCAGAACGUAGCGGGAGCCGGCAGCUCCGAUGACACCCUGGCCAUCGCUCUCGGAGUCGCGCUGCCGGCCGCCUUUCUGUUCCUCUGUUGCCUGGUCCUGCUCUUCGUCGCCUUCGGCGUCCUCUACUGGCGCAAGGGCCGUAAGCAGGAGCUCCUCCUGGCCGCCGAGUGGUCCGACUACUCCACAGAAGACAUGGAGAUGAGCGACUUUUCCUCCACAAACUCGACGAGGAGUGGAACGGGCGGCGGUAGUAGCCUCGCGCGCGACCUCUCCUUCACCGACCUCGAGCAGCUCCACCUGUCCUACGAGCCCAAGAGCCUCUCCUUCGGCCUGGGUCCCAGCGACAAGUGCCCCGUCGACGAGGAGAUGCGCGACGUGAUCGUCAUCACCAACCACGGCUACUCCUCGCGCAAGUUCGCCUUCUUCGUGCCGGCCGAAGACGAGACGCUCCGCUGUCGCCUCCACCCGGGCGCCGGCAUCAUCAAAUCGGGCAAGAGUGUGACUGUGAGCAUAUCGUGCACGUUGCUGAUGACGACGCGCAUCGAACGCAAGAUCAAGUUCGAAGUCGAGGGCAUGGGCAAGCACUUGAUCAGCAUCAAGCUCAUCGGCGAGCUCUCCGCCAAGCUCGACCCCAACGACAUUGUGACCGACCCUGUGCCCAUCGGUAUCGGCUCCUUUGGUUCGGUGUACAAGGCCGAUUACCGGGGCCAGGAGGUGGCAGCCAAGAUCCUCAACUCGCAGAUGCACGCCAAGCAGAUCGAAGAGUUUAAGAGGGAAGUGAACAUCUUGAAUCGCCUUCGCUGCCCCUACGUACUGAACUUCAUCGGCGCUUCGCACGUCGAAGGCAAGCGUUGCAUCGUGACCGAGUUAUGCAAGUUUGGUUCCGUGGGUGACCUGGUCUUCAGCGAUAAGAGCUUCAACUAUCUCCUGAUGCUCAAGGUGGCGCUCGACAUGUCCAAGGCCAUCUCCUUCCUUCAUGGAAACGGAGUCCUGCACCGUGAUAUCAAGCCGGAGAACUUCUUGAUGGUCUCCUCGUCCAUCAAGUCACCUGUCGCCUGUAAGAUCGCCGAUUUCGGCACUUCGCGCUCCAUUACCACUGUCCGCGAGCUGCUCAACCACACGGCAGCCCUGGGCACUCCACUUUACAUGGCUCCCGAGGUGCUGGAGCAUAAGCCCUACUCGGCCAAGAUCGACGUGUACUCGUUUGGCAUCGUCCUGUGGGUGCUCUACUCCCGUAGAGAGCCCUACACCGAGCUCAAGCGCCAGUGGGACGUCCCGCGCUAUGUGAUCAAGGGCAAGAGGCCCGCCAUCCCUCAUCACUGUCCCAAGUGCUGGGCGCACAACCCCGAUGACCGGCCGGACAUGGCCGACGUGGUCAAGUUGCUGGAGAACCUCUUCGAAGACGAGCGCGGCAUGAAGAACGUCCGCCAGGGAGACGUCGAUAACGCGCGCGAUAGGGAACUUGCGCCCGACGCGGAGGGCAACCGCGAGAGAAAGGGGAUGCGCACCUGGGAAGGCGGCAAGAACCUGCUCAUGGUAGGGAAGGGCGACAGCGAGGGCAGCGACGACGACAGCGGAUCUGACUCGGGCUCAUCCAAACGCAAAACCCAACGCAAAAGCCAAAGGUAUCACAAGGGCACCAACUAA